AUGGCUGCUGCGGGAGGGACGCUAGACGAGCAGUGGCCAGCUCAGAACAACGGCACUUGCAUCCUGAUCCAGGCAGCUGCGGCGGCUGUUGCAGCUUCAGGACAUUCCGGGGAGAGUGCUGCCGAGGGAUCCGAGCGAGACUGGCAGAUGGACGAACGCUGGGGCAAAUUGCGGCGCUGGCCAGUAGAGCAGGCUGUGGCCGACGAUCUCGCAGCCACAACGCUGGGCAGCUUGCUUGGUGCACUGUCGCCGGCAUCCAAUCAGACCAACACGGCCAACCAGACAUCUGUGCAGCAGGCGAUUGCAGCCGGUGCCAGUGCGGCUGUGGUUGCUGCCAGCCUUGGCAUGACUACAGAGCAGCAGAUCACGGCAGCUGCACAGGCGGCCAUGACGUCCGGCCAGCGCGCUUUAGAUCAGGCACAGUUGCGAGAAGCGGUUGCGAGUGCAGCUGGUGCAGCAGCAGCGGCCGCCGCAGCUGCAGCUGGGUUGACACCGGAGCAGCAGGCAGCCGCUGCUGGUGCUGCGGCAGCCGACGCCAUCAGCGAGCUAUUCAGCGGGACGCCGGAGGAGCAGGCCUUGGCAGCUGGCGCAGCCGCCGCCGCUGCCAUGGCUGCUGCGGGAGGGACGCUAGACGAGCAGAUCCAGGCAGCUGCGGCGGCUGUUGCAGCUUCAGGACUGGCAGAUGGACGAACGCUGGGGCAAGUUGCGGCGCUGGCCAGUAGAGCAGGCAGCACGCUGUCGGCAGCUGCCGGACAGACAGCAGAGCAACAAGCAGCUGCUGCAGCUGCAGCUGUAUCCACCGCCGCCUUAGGCGCCAACGCCACGCAGCAGGUGGCCGACGAUCUCGCAGCCACAACGAUGGGCAGCUUGCUUGGUGCACUGUCGCCGGCGUCCAAUCAGACCAACGCGGCCAACCAGACAUCUGUGCAGAAGGCGAUUGCAGCCGGUGCCAGUGCGGCUGCGGUUGCUGCCAGCCUUGGCAUGACUACAGAGCAGCAGAUCACAGCAGCUGCACAGGCGGCCAUGACGUCCGGCCAGCACGCUUUAGAUCAGGCACAGUUGCAAGAAGCGGUUGCGAGUGCAGCUGGUGCAGCAGCAGCGACCGCCGCAGCUGCAGUUGGUUUGACACCGGAGCAGCAGGCAGCCGCUGCUGGUGCUGCGGCAGCCGACGCUAUUAGCGAACUAUUCAGCAGGACGCCGGAGGAGCAGGCCUUGGCAGCUGGCGCAGCCGCCGCAGCUGCCAUGGCUGCUGCGGGAGGGAUGCUAGAAGAGCAGUGGCCAGCUCAGAACGACUCCUGUGCUGCCUCACUCAUGCAAGCCAGUCACCAGUCUAUGUCUGGCAUCCUCCGAGGACUGGCAGAUGGACUAACGCUGGACCAAGUUGCGGCGCUGGCAGCUGUAUCCACCGCCGCCUCAGGCGCCAACGCCACGCAGCAGGUGGCCGACGAUCUCGCAGCCACAACGCUGGGCAGCUUGCUUGGUGCACUGUCGCCGGCAUCCAAUCAGACCAACACGGCCAACCAGACAUCUGUGCAGCAGGCGAUUACAGCCGGUGCCAGUGCGGCUGCGGUGGCUGCCAGCCUUGGCAUGACUACAGAGCAGCAGAUCACGGCAGCUGCACAGGCGGCCAUGACGUCCGGCCAGCGCGCUUUAGAUCAGGCACAGUUGCAAGAAGCGGUUGCGAGUGCAGCUGGUGCAGCAGCAGCGACCGCCGCAGCUGCAGCUGGUUUGACACCGGAGCAGCAGGCAGCCGCUGCUGGUGCUGCGGCAGCCGACGCCAUCAGCGAGCUAUUCAGCGGGACGCCGGAGGAGCAGGCCUUGGCAGCUGGCGCAGCCGCCGCAGCUGUCAUGGCUGCUGCGGGAGGGACGCUAGAAGAGCAGAUCCAGGCAGCUGCGGCGGCUGUUGCAGCUUCGGGACUGGCAGAUGGACUAACGCUGGACCAAGUUGCGGCGCUGGCCAGUACAGCAGGCUCUUUCACAUCUUUCACGAAGCCUCAACUGGCACAGAAUGAGGCAGCACGCUGUCGGCAGCUGCCGGACAGACAACAGAGCAACAAGCAGCUGCUGCAGCUGCAGCUCGGAUGCGUUUCACACAGGGGUGCCACACCCAUGCACGCGGAAUCAUAUGCCAUGCCUCAGGCAGCUGUAUCCACCGCCGCCUUAGGCGCCAACGCCACGCAGCAGGCAAGGGCUUCGCGUUGCGUCCAGGACAACAUGCCCUCAACUUGUUUGUGUCUUGUCCUCCUCGAUCAGGUGGCCGACGAUCUCGCAGCCACAACGCUGGGCAGCUUGCUUGGUGCACUGUCGCCGGCAUCCAAUCAGACUAACACGGCCAACCAGACAUCUGUGCAGCAGGCCUGGGAUCGUUUGUGUUUUUUGGCGAAUUGCACACUGAAAAUUGUCGAAGGGUUCUGGUGGAAGACGAAGAAGCUCGGUGACUCUUUGCCGAUCUGGCAUGCUAUGCUGCGUCAGGCGAUUACAGCCGGUGCCAGUGCGGCUGCGGUGGCUGCCAGCCUUGGCAUGACUACAGAGCAGCAGAUCACGGCAGCUGCACAGGCGGCCAUGACGUCCGGCCAGCGCGCUUUAGAUCAGGAUGCUUGA